GUAUUUGUCCUCAAGUCAUAUUUCGAGUCAGCAUCAGAGCGUGACGUUGUCCCGUCUUUGUCAGAAUUUGUUCAGUUGAAUACUGACUUCGUAUCCAAGCCAACUCCACGCUCGAAUCACCCUUUGGCACUAGAGAGUGCGUGGACAAAGCGUUUUGAGUCAACUGCGAAACUGUUGAAUAGUAGAUUGCACAUACCCAAAGGUUGCGCAUACCCAAAGGUUGUGCAUCACCUCGCCCUAGUAGUGUUGUCGGAACCUCAGUUAGGUCUCGCCCUAGUAGUGUUGUCGGAACCUCAGUUAGGUCACGCCCUGACUGCAGUGGUUAGGUAUUUGCUGCAUACCCCGGUUGCGCAUCCCUCAUCCCCAACAUUGCGUGUCGUAUUCUCCUCGUCCCCCAACCUUGCCAACAGUGGUGUGAUUAAAGACAAGCCGACUGGUCUUGUGUCAUUGAAAGAAGGAAUAUGGUAG